AUGGACAGCUUUGGAGCCGUUUCCUUGGAGACUCUGAAUUUUCCUGAUGGUCCUGGGGAGCCUCAGGGGGCCCUGGUGGUGCCCAGGCCCAGUGCAGGAGGGGACAGCCCCGUCCCCCCUGGAGCAGCCCUGGAGACUCCCAAGAAGGAAGAGCUGAAUAUUGAAGAAAGGAUUCCGGUUUCUGCUGGGGCUGCAGCCACCUUCAGGGCAUUAACAGCUGUGGGCGAUCCCAGCAGCAGCAGCAGAGCCCUGCCUGCAGUGAGCCCAGCAGCAGAGGGCACGGGGGAGCCCCCGGGGCAGGGGAGCCCUGCUCUGGGGGCCUCUGACAGCUCCACCCCACCGAGGGUGCUGCCUGCUCCUCGUGCUGAAGAUGUGCCCGGCGCCACGAGGCGAAGCUCGGCCCCGGACGUGUUUGUGUGCAGGGCUGCUCAGCUCCAGAAGGACGGGAGCUCCCCGGCUGAGGAGCACCAGGAGUGUGAGGAGAAGGGAAAUCAGCCCCUCAGCCUCAGUAUUCCCACUGGUCACGACGCCAUGGACAGCUUUGGAGCCGUUUCCUUGGAGACUCUGAAUUUUCCUGAUGGUCCUGGGGAGCCUCAGGGGGCCCUGGUGGUGCCCAGGCCCAGUGCAGGAGGGGACAGCCCCGUCCCCCCUGGAGCAGCCCUGGAGACUCCCAAGAAGGAAGAGCUGAAUAUUGAAGAAAGGAUUCCGGUGUACCUGCGCAGGCUGGGCAUCGAGCGGUCCCCGGGCACCCUGCUGGCCCCCUUGGUGCCCCCCUGGCCCCUCCCGGAGCUGGAGUUCUCCCCGUGGCCGCUGCGGAGCCUGCAGCCCCCCCCGCCGGCUCAGGGUGCACUGCUGCCAGCCUUUGAGAUGUCCCAGGCCAGCUUUGGCUCGGACGUGUCCCCUCUGAGCGUGUCCCUCGCCGUGGGCUCCGAGGCUGGCUCGGAGCAGGACCGGGACCUGCUGUCCCCCCGGGAGCUCCUUGGGGAUCCCCCAUCCAGCCAGGGCAGCGUGGCAGGCCCCCAGCUGGAGCAGGCUGCCCCAGGUGGCCCGGCCCGGGCUGCAGAGGGGUCCCCUGGAUGCUCUGGGGCACCAGACCUGCCCAGCUGCUCCUCGGGCCGGGGUCCCCGGGCUGGGGGGAGAGGGGCUCGGGGUGCCCUUGCUGAGCCGGGGUCCAGCAGCUCGGGCAGCAGCCAGCAGGGAUGGGCUGUGGGGGCUUUGCCUGGGGCUGGGAGUGAGAUGGAAUUGGACAGGGCAUCCUCGAGCUCCGGGGUGGGAAGUGAGAGCAGCCAGGGCCAGGAAAGGGAGUCCCUGCUGGGACCUGGGGUGCUGCAGGAGCUCCGGGAGCUGCUGGCACAGGUGGAGGGUCUCACUGCCAGCUGCAGCCGUCCUGCUUGCCCCACAGCCUCCUGCAGGGAGCCUGGGGAGUCCCCCCCGCGGCUGGCUGGGAGGGAGGAGGAUCCCGAGGAUUCCAGGUUGGGCCAGGAGUGGAUCCCCGAGCUGCAGAAGAGACUGUCGUGGGAUGAGGCCGUGACCCCAAGGGGUGUGCGGGGACAGGGGCUGGGGAUGCCCCCUCUGGAUGCUGCCAGCUGCCAGCUGGCAUGGGGACACCCUCUGGCUGUCAGUUCCCAGCGCAGGGAAGGGCUGAGGGGAACGGCCCAGGAGCCGAGGCCAGGGAAAUCCGCGGGCAGGUCGGAGCCGGAAGGGUGCAGCAGUGUGACCACGGGCAGGAGCCAGGCUGCCCAUGUGGGGCCGGCACAGGGCAGUGCCAGGAGCCGCCUGAGCGCUGGCACAGCUCCACGGCUGGGCCAUCCUCCUGUCCCCGCCGGCCUGGGGGGCUCCCAGGGCUCCUGGUGCCAGGCUGGGCGGGCAGCAGCGCCACGGGGCAGCCAGGACAGCAGCAGCGGCGAUUCCCUCAGUGCCCGGGUCCGGAGCCUCCUGCGGGAGCCUGGGCGCUGCCAGCAGCCGGGCAGUGCCCCCGGGGCGGUGCAGGGCAGCGUGCCCGGGGCUGGGGCUGCCCGCAGCCCGGCUGGCAGCAGCGGCAGCAGCAGCAGCAGCAGCAGCAGCAGCCGAGACUCGCUGGCUGCCCGCGUCCGCCGCCUCCUGCGCACCGCCGCCCCCGGGGCCCCGGCCAGCCGCAUCCUGCGGAGCGCCGAGGAGCAGGAGAGCAAGAUCCGAGCCUGGGUGAAGCUGAAACUGGCCAGCCGGUCCCAGGAGUGUGGGGCAGACUGGGAUGAAGAGACCCAGCUCAGGAUGGAGGGAAUCAAGGCAGAGCUGCUCCCAAAGACCAGGGAACCCACACCAGCCAAGGAUCCCUGGCUCUGUGGUUUGGAAGCAGCUUCUGAGCACCUGAGGAAGCAGGAGCAGGACCUGGGGGGUGUCCAGGCUCCCAGGUGUCCCAGGGACAGGCAUGGACAGCUCUCCAGGACUCGGGAGCUCCUCCAGCCCAGCUCCCCACCAGCAGCACCAUUCCCUAGAGCUGUUCCCUGGGAUUGCUCCCUGCUGCAGGACAUGCAGCUGAAACCCUGCAAUGCUGCUGACCUGCGGGAUGUGCAGCUAAAACCCUGCAAUGCUGCUGAGAUGAAGGACAUGCAGCUGAAACCUUGGGGUGCUUCUGAGUCCUGGAACACUACGGACCUGCAGAAUGUGCAGUUGAAGCCUUGGGGUACUGCUGACCUGCAGGACAUGCAGCUGAAGCCCUGCAAUGCUGCUGACCUGCAGGACAUGCAGCUGAAGCCCUGCAAUGCUGCUGAGAUGAAGGAUAUGCAGCUGAAGCCCUGCAAUGUUGCUGACCUGCAGGAUGUGCAGCUAAAACCCUGCAAUGCUGCUGAGAUGAAGGACAUGCAGCUGAAACCUUGGGGUGCUGCUGAGCCCUGGAACACUGCUGACCUGCAGGACAUGCGGCUGAAGCCCUGCCAUGUUGCUGACCUGCAGGACAUGCAGCUAAAGCCCUGCAAUGCUGCUGACCUGCAGGAUGUGCAGCUGAAGCCCUGCAGUGCUGCUGAGCCCUGCCAUGUUGCUGACCUGCAGGACAUGCAGUUGAUGAAGCCCUGCAGUGCUGCUGACCUGCAGGACAUGCAGCUGAAGCCCUGGAACACUGCUGACCUGCAGGACGUGCAGCUGAAGCCCUGCAGUGCUGCUGACCUGCAGGACAUGCAGCUGAAGCCCUGCCAUGUUGCUGACCUGCAGGACAUGCAGCUGAAGCCCUGCAGUGCUGCUGACCUGCAGGACGUGCAGCUGAAGCCCUGCAGUGCUGCUGACCUGCAGGUGCACAGGCAGCAGCCGGCCGUGGGGCACCCCAGUGCCAUGGCAGAGCUCCGUGCCCCUCUGGCACGGGACCCCUGUGCAGGGAGCCCUGCAGCUGCCCCCCGUGCCCACGGGGAGCUGAGCAAGCCGAGCACCCCCAUCACCCUGAGCCCCCCGAGCCUGGCUGGGCUCCUGCCCGGGGAGGAGAGGCUGGGCACAGAGCCCUGGCACAGAGCCCUCGGACAGGGCUGUGCCCCCUGCCCCGCGCUGGCUGGCACUGGGGGUGCUGCCGAGGCUCCUCCUGCCCCUGCUGCCAGGGCUGCAGCUGCAGCGGCUCAGGAAACAGCCCCGCAGCCCGGGGGCACCCACGCCGGGAAGAGACAGACCCCGAGUGCCAAGCAGCCCCGGCUCCUGCCUGCAGCUGUGGCUGAGGGGCACACGCAGGGUGCCAGAGCCGGGGGGCUCAGCCAGGAAACGAAGCCAUCCGUUGAACCCCCUCCUCUGAGCCCAUCCCGGCAGGAGGAGAUCCCCCCUGGGCACCCCCGGCUCCGGGGGGGCUCAGAGGGCCCGGGUGCAGCUGCACAAAGGGGCUUGCUGAAGGGCCCUGCUGGGGUGUUGGCAGAGGGCAGGAGAGGCCCUGACCAGCCACCUCUCGUUCCAGAAGAGGCUGUGAGGGAGCAGAUGGGUCCUGCUCACCCCUCACCUGCAGAUGAGGCUUUGCCCACCACGCCUGAGGCUCCCUCAGCGCCAGUGAGGAGAUUCCUGAGCUGUGUGCACAUCACCCUCUCCUCCAGGGUCGGUCACCCCAGUGCCAGCAGUGCUGGGAACGGGGUCAAGGUGUGGGACAAACCUCAAGGCAAGGCUUGGGCAGUGGCUUUACAAGCAGCUCCAGAAGCUUCAGUGGAAGGUGUUCCUAAAUCCCCUCCUGCUGGGGGUGUUCCAGAGGAGCCCAGCUCAGCUGGGCCAGCAGAUCCCAGCCGGGUGCUUUCCCCCGGGCAGGAGCUGCUGCUGCAGGGCAGGCCCAGAGCCCAGCUCCAGGGCAUCCCCAGCUCUGCCCCUCCUGCAAAGCCUGGCACGAGGACUUCUGAUGCUGCCACCCAGAUCACCACGGAGAGUCCUACAAAAGCCACGUUCUCAGCAGAAAUCUGUGUUGAUCCCCAGGAGGGGAGAAGUGCUGCCCAGCAGCCGUCGCUCCCCAGCAGCCCUGAAGCUCCUGGGAUUGCAGCUCCAUCCCACAAGGAGAUUCCCCCCUUCCCAAGGCAGCCUGCCCAGCCCCUGCUGCUGCCCUACAAGCCCUGGGGAAGCUCUGGCAUGUACUACGUGCCUUUCCAGAAAGCAGGAGGCAGCGUGUGCCCUGGGGAGCCUGAGGCCAGCACAGCCAGCUCCUGCUCAGGCUCAGAGGAUGCUCCUGCUGCAGGGCUCCUGGCCCGAGUGCUGCGUGUGGGGGGUGAGCCCCCUCCAGCCAGGGCAGCUGCCCAGCACAGAGGGACAGGCCAUGGCCACGGGCCUAAGCUGGCCUGGGCUGAGGAGCACAGGGCACCACUGGAACACUCUGCAGAGCUCCCAGCUGGUUCCCGGCGUGUGGAAGCCUCCCGUGGUGUCCCUGAGCCCCGCGCCGUGCCCGCCGGGCACAGCUGCUGCCGGCGUGGCAGAGAGCUCUCCAGAGCCGGGAAUGAACAGCCUGCCCGCUGCCCGCGGGGUCCCCGCGCCCCCCAGGGCACAGAGGGGCAGUUCUUCGCCCUCCCUGCAGAGGCUGAUGACAGCAGGAGCGAGGAGCCCGGUGCCAGGGCGUCCUUCGGGCAGGAGAGCGGGGGGAAGGCACCGCGGCACAGGGGCCGCGCCGGGGGCAGCCUGGACGAGCUGUGGGUCAGGUUCCUGCAGCGCCAGGGCACGCAGCAGCAGCUCCGCAGGAACGGCGAGCUGUCCCUCGUGGAGCGCCUGGAUCGGCUGGCCAGGCUCCUGCAGAACCCCGUCAGGCACGCCCUGGCACCCACAGCAGCUGGGGAGAAGGUUCCUCAGGAGGAAAUCCGGGGAAGGGAACGGCCAGAAAUGGGGCUGGCGGGAAAAGGCGGCUCUGGGAGCGGCGGGGAGCCGAGGGGAGCGGGACAGAGCCAUGGCAGCAGCAGCCCGGGGCAGAAGGUGAUCCAGCACCUGAGCAGGAUCCUGGAGGAGCAGCAGCACCUGGGCAUCCCCAGUGACAGCUCCUCGGAGAGCAGGCUGAGCGGAGAGCCCAGCAGCUGCAGCACCUCGGCAUGGGACACCUCCCCUGCCUCCGGGGACAGCAGCUCCCUGUCCCUGUCCACCAUCGACACGGCCAGGCUGCUCCGGGCCUUCGGGCAGCACAGGCUGGCCCCAAGCACCGACACCCCGAGCCCGGCCCCACGGCUGUCCCCAGGGCUGUCCCCACGGCUGGCCCAGCUCUACUGUGCCAUCAGCCAGCAGAAGAGGCGCUCCGAGAAGUGGCACGGGCAGAGUGGAGCAGCAGGGGCUGGGGCGUGUCCCCAGGGGGCUGCUCAGAGCCUCGGGAAGCACCAGCAGAGCCAGAGCACCAUCCCCUUCUCCUCGGAUUCCACCUGUGCCAGCAGCAGCUCCUGGGGGCCCAGCUCUGCCCUCAGCCACAAGAGACGGACACGGAUGCUGAGCAAAGGCAUCCAGGCAGGGGACCUGGAGAUCGUCAGCAGUGCCACCAAGAAGAACACCCGGGACGUGGGGGUGACCUUCCCCACGCCCAGGAGCGGCCAGCAGCUGUGGGAGCCCCCGGGGCAGGGACAGGGACAGGGACAGGAGCCCCGGGCACAACCGGGCAGGCUCCGGACAGACACACGGGACCUGGAGAUCGUCAGCAGUGCCACCAAGAAGAACACCCGGGACGUGGGGGUGACCUUCCCCACGCCCAGGAGCGGGGACCUGGAGAUCGUCAGCAGUGCCACCAAGAAGAACACCCGGGACGUGGGGGUGACCUUCCCCACGCCCAGGAGCGGCCAGCAGCUGUGGGAGCCCCCGGGACAGGGACAGGAGCCCCGGGCACAGCCGGGCAGGCUCCGGACAGACACACGGACCAGGAGGAGCAGGCUGCACUUCCAGCAAGGGACUCCGUGGCUCGUCCCAGCAGAGGGCUUGGAAUGUGAGUCGAGGAAGGAAAACCAGUGCAGUGCCACUCCUGGCCCUGGGCCAGCCUGGUUUGAGCCCUGGAGCAGCACAAAGCCCUGGAGAGAGCCCCUGCGGGAGAGGAACUGGGAGGAGCAGCCCAGCCUGGGCCAGGGAGCCGCGACAGCCACGGGGGCUGGCAGGGGUCUGGGGCAGCCCCUGGGCAAGCUCACGCUGCAGGAGGCCCUGGCCCUGCACCGCCCCGAUUUCAUCUCGCGCUCGGGGCAGCGCCUGCAGCACCUGCGGCUGCUCCGCGAGGAGAGGAGGCUGCACACAUCCCAGAGGGAGAAACUGCUGCCACCCCAGGGGGACAGACUGCUGCCACCCCAGGGGGAAAGACUGCUGCCACCCCAGGGGGAAAGACUGCUGCCACCCCAGCAGCUGCUGCAGCCUGCAGGGAGGAGGAAGGACUGCAGGACUGCAAAUCACCUGCUGUCCAACCGAGGUUUCUUGAUGAGAGAAAAAAGAAGAGCAAUUCCCAAGCGUGAGAUGUUUCAAAGGUCUAAAAGGAUAUACGAGCAGCUCCCCGAGGUGAGGAGGAAGAGGGAGGAGGAGCAGAGGAAGCAGGAGUACAGCUCCUACCGCCUGAGGGCUCAGCUCUACAAAACUAAGAUCACCAGCCGUGUCCUGGGGAAGAAGGUGUCCUGGAGCUGACGGAGCACCUCGGCCAGGCUGGGCUGAGCACACAGCAGCUGGGACAGGGAGAAGGCAGUAAAUGCUUCUGCAGCCUCACUUGGUGCUCUGGGUCACUUCUGUGCUCAUUGAUCCUGCCCUACAUAAGAAUCAGGGAUCUGGGGGAGUGUCAGGGUUUUCAGUAAAUAGGUGGGCUUUUAUAGUGGUGUUAGGCACUUCCAGAGGAAACAGAGACUGGAAAAACUUGCUUCAUAAUGUAUUUAUAACUCCCUGAUUGGAAUAGCAGUUUUAUAUAUUUAUUUUCACUGGGUUUUAACGAGGAUUUUUUUUUAUUUUUUUAAUUCCUGUCUCAAUGUAGAAAAGUCACUUGUUAUGUUUUGUACUUCAA